CCCAACAUCCUCUGAGAAGGAGAGGAAAAGGAAGGAGGGGAUCUUAUUUCUCACGUCCAGCGCUGUCCUUCUGGAUCUAGGCUGAGGGUUUUCACCCAGCCUGAUGUUCAAAAGAGGCUGGCCUGACUGAGUCUCUGUCGGACCGACUGUGCUGCUGCUUUUGGACAAUCUGAGACGCCAAAUCAUGAAUUCAGCCGAGCAGACGGUAACGUGGCUAAUUACACUGGGGGUCCUGGAGUCACCCAAGAAAAGCGUGUCGGAUCCAGAGGCUUUCCUCCAGGCGUCUCUGCAGGAUGGAGUGGUGCUGUGCAGGCUGCUGGAGCGACUCAGACCCGGGACGGUGGACAAAUUUUUCCAGGAACCGAGAGGCGACAGCGAGUGUCAGAGGAACAUUGCAGAGUUUAUUAAAGGCUGCGGUGCUUUCGGUGUGGAGCCUUUUGAAGUGAGUGACCUCCUGCAUGGACUGAACUUUUCCAGCAUACUAAACUCCUUAGUUGCUCUUAACAAAGCUACUGAAGAUUUGGUCGUCUGUGGAGACGGCGUAGGUGUGCCGCACUCCUCAAAUUUAAGGAUCAAAUCCUUUGACUCUCUGAACACUCAAAGUCGUUCAUCUAAGCUGCAGCAGCCUCAGUACCGCAGCCUGGACAUGUCAGAUGGCAGCGUGUGUGGCCAGUUGCUGGUCAAAGCACGCUUUCCCUUCCAGGCGACCAACGAGGAUGAACUCUGUUUCUCCAAGGGUGACGUCAUCUGUGUGACCAGGCAGGCACCAGGGGGCUGGUGGGAAGGUUUAGUGAACGGCAAGACUGGGUGGUUCCCCAGUAACUAUGUACGGGAGCUGAAAGGAAGUGACAAAACAACAGACAAGCCAAAGUGUGGGACUCUGAAAAGUCCACCAAAAGGUUUUGACACCACCAUCAUUUCUAAGACCUAUUAUAAUGUGGUCCUACAGAACAUCCUGGAAGCAGAGAGUGAAUAUUCAAGGGAGCUACAGAGUCUCCUGGGGACUUACCUUCGGCCACUUCACCCCACAGACAGACUCAGCAGUGGUGACAUCGGUCAUAUUCAGGGGAAUCUGGAAGAGAUCUCAACCUUUCAGCAGAUGCUUGUUCAGUCCUUGGACGAUCAGACUAAACUUCCUGAGAGCCAGCAGAGAAUUGGGGGGUUCUUUCUGAGCCAGAUGCCUCGGAUGGAGAUCAUAUAUGUGGCUUACUGCUCCAAUCACCCAUCUGCAGUCAGCGUACUCACACAGCACAGUGAGUAUCUUGGGGAAUAUAUGGAGUCAAAGGGGGCGUCCAGUCCUGGGAUGUUGACUCUGACAAUUAGUCUGAGUAAACCCUUCACCAGAAUGGAAAGAUACCCAGCACUGCUGAAAGAACUGGACAGACAUAUGGAAGAACAACACCCUGACCGAGCUAACCUCAUUGCUGCUAUGGCAGCCUUUAAAAGCCUUGAAGCUACGUGUCAGGAAGUAAGAAAGAAGAAGACAGUGGAGAUGCAGAUUCUGACAGAGCCAAUCACAAACUGGGAGGGAGAAGAUAUUAAAACUCUUGGCCCAGUUCUUCACAUGUCCCAAGUCAAAGUUUACACGCAGAAUUGUCAGGAGUCAAACGAACGCUUCCUCAUCCUGUUUCCUCACACUCUCCUCAUGCUUUCAGCUAGCCUCAGAAUGAGUGGAUUCAUAUACCAGGGGAAAAUACCGUUAUCAGGAAUGCUCAUCUCCAGAAUCGAAGAUGGAGAAAACUUGAGGAAUGCUUUUGAAAUAUCUGGGGGCCAGUGUGAGCGUACACAGAUAGCUUGUAACAGUCAGCGUGAUCUACAAGACUGGUUGGACCUUCUCACCAAACACACACACACCACUCCACCUCAUGUGCACAAGCCUCAGGCUUGUCACACAUUGCCCUCCCAUCCUGUCACUCCCUCCAGACACCCUGAGUCCCGUGGGGGGAGCGGUGGGAGCCCUUACCACACUCUGCCUCAUCCCUCUUCAUAUGGGACAAAUCAGAGUAGCAGCCCCAUGUGGGGACCCCUGGAGCCACCAAGCUCCCCCAAACCCUGGACCCUGAGUUGCCUUCGCCCUGCACCUCCACUACGACCCUCGGCUGCUCUGUGCUUCAAAGAGGAUGUAAGUAAAAGUCCCAAAAACAAGAGGCCGCUGCUCCCUACAAUAAGAAAACCAGAGAGGAAACCAUCGGAGGAAGAUUUCACUGCCAGAAAGAGUACAGCAGCUCUGGAGGAGGAUGCUCAGAUACUGAAAGUGAUUGAGGCCUACUGUACGAGUGCAAAGACUCGUCAGACUCUCAAUUCAACAUGGCAAGGAACUGACCUCAUGCAUAACCAUGUGCUGGCUGAGACCAGCCUCACAGUGGCUGCGCUCCCUAGUAACGUGCCAUCUUCUGACCAAUCAGAAGACUCCGAUUAUGACAGUAUCUGGACUGCUCAAAGUCACAGGACCGCUUCGUUGUCUCGCUCCAGCAGAAAAGAUGUCCAUAUGCUGUUCCCAGAGGAGGAGAAGAUUAUUGUUGAAGAAACAAGGAGCAACGGACAGACUGUACUGGAGGAAAGGAGCCUGGUGGACACUGUUUAUAGCCUCAGAGAUGAGGUUCAGGAACUCAAACAGGACAACAAGAGAAUAAAGAGGACGCUGGAGGAGGAGCAGCGAGCAAGAAAAGAGCUGGAGAGAAUCGUCAGGAGAGUUCUGAAGAACAUGAACGACCCAACCUGGGACGAGACUAAUCUCUGAAACCACUACAGAUCUAAAACAAGGACCGAUUUCUGACAUUUAAAUCAUCAUAUGAUGAGAGCUGUUAGCUGUGUCGACAGAAGCUGCCAGUACUUUGUGCCACUCUUCAACAUUCGUCCAUUUCAUUUAACCCCUUGAAGAAACCCAUGUGCCAAACCAUGGACCAAGAAACAUCCUGCCAGCUAUCAGUGAAGCCAUCUGAGCUGAUCACAAAGCUGUGAAGCCAUAACAGCUGGUAGGCAUGAGAACAUCACUUCUUCUUCUCAUUUCUGCCUCUCCUUCCACUGGCUGUAUAAUAAUGUCAGGACAGUAUUUUUGUAUUUACUCCUGCUGCGUAAAUAUGAGGGUUUUAAAUGUGCAAGACACCAUAGAUAAGUUCAACAGUUAGAUCUUGAUUCAAACUUGGAAAAAUACACACAAUCACUCUUUCAGUUACAGUUCCUGUGAGAACUUUGCAUUCACUGGUAAUGAUGCGUUUAAACGCUUCUUUUUCCAGUGUGCAAUCAUUAUGCAGCAUGAAACAUCUGUAUUUUUUAAAGGGAUUGGAUACAUAAGUCUAAUGUGCUAAGGGUUGAAAUUACACAUAAAGGCUCCAAUAUGCAGAUCAGCUUCCACCAAUAUAUGGUUAAAGGUCACUUUGCAGGUGGCACUAAGUCCACACAAACUCCUUGUAGCCAACAACAAACUUCUAGCAUAAGUCUGGCAUAAAAUCUGACCACUCGUGUUAGCAGAGUUAGAAGAGCUUGUUUAGAUUGGUUGGUUUUCUGUCACAGAUCUUUGUGAAGGCCUUUGCAGAAACUUAACGGUGGCCUGCUUUAUGAUUUCCAAAAAUAGUUUUAACAUGUUUUUGGGAACAUUGUCUUAUUGGAAUUCCAUUGUCUUCAUGUUUCCAGGCUCUGAGUGAAACUGAUCCUCAGAGUAAAGGCAAUUGGUUGAGAUUUUAAGGGAAACAUCAAGGCUCCAGCCUGCCCUGAUCCAGAAACUACAGUAACUGUGAAGCCAGUUUUCCAUUUCCAUGGACUUGGAAUGUACCAGCCAUAAAAAACUCUCCUGCUCCAAAAUCCAACACCUUUAAGCUUGACUGAAAUAUGCAGCUGUUUAAAGAGACGAGAUAAAUGCCUUCUGAAGAACGGUUUUAAUGUCAGAUGAGACAACGGUUGAGCUAUUGGGACAGAAUGAUCAGAAGUAAGUUUGAAAGAGUUGGUUGAAAGCAGGGCGGUGAUCUAAAACACAUCAGAACUGGUUUUAGAACAGAUAAAGCAGACCAGCUAAGGUUUUGGAAUGGCCUUCCCAAAGUCCGACUUCAACCCUGUAGAAACUUUGAACGCUUGGGAACCAACUAAUUUAAAUGAAUUGUACCAAGUCUGCCUAGAAGGUCAAAAUCCAAACAGAAUUAUAUCAGAUGCUUGUUAACGGCUAUAACAAGUGUUUGGUUUUGUUGUAAAUUUUCUAAGGGACCUUAAAUAAAAUUGUAGAGGGGGUAUAUGUAUAAUUUUGGUUCUAUGAGGAUUAGAGAAGCUCAGAUAAAUUUAAAGUUCCUGCCUCAAAUCCUGCGUUUAAAAAAAGAUCAUUCAGGUUUUUUGCUGUGUAAGUAUUUCGUCCUGGAAAAAUGAAUUCAUAUGAUUUAUUCCUAUUAGGGGUGCCUACAACAGGACAAUUUUGUAUUUGUAUGAAAUAAUGAACCAGUGCACCUUUGAUAGGACUGGCAAGCCAGCUAUAAAGUUACACCAAACACAUAAAUCAGCCAUUAAAGUACCAGCAUUUAUACAGACUAAUGAGCUGUAGAAGAAUAACUAGUAGUUAUAAAACGGAAACCUGUCGAUUAACAGUUUCUAACUGAUGACCAGAUUAUGGGACCACAUCAAACUGAGUGAUUUUUUUUCUAUUCAGCAGAAACUAAGAAUAACAUUUUUAUUUAUGUUGACCAAGUUUUAAUUUGAUAAACAGAAUAAACUAAUUAACUGCAAAACAUCUUAAAAAUGUUUGGUUUUCAGAAAACCUCAGGGCAUCUCAUAACUAACAACUUAUGUUUCUAGCUUGAAAUUAACACCCAUUUCGAAUUUUACAAUUCAAGCAAUAUUUAAAGGUGCUCAAAAUGUUAUAUUGACUUGCACUGCCUCUUAAGCCUUUUGCUAAUCAGGUGUUUGAUUUUUUGUCCUGCCCAAGACGUUUUUGCCCCCUGUACAUGACUUUAAAUAUAUUUUCUCUGGUCAGUGAAUUACUUCUUUUUAUCAUUACUGGUCAGUAAAAGUGCAGAUUUGUUCAUGUUAAGGUGGAAAAGAUCAAAAGAGAGUUUUUUUUUUUUUUUUUUUACUUAACUCUGUUCAGUGGCUCCGGGUCAGGCCAUGUACUCGAUAAUGCGAUAAACUGGAAGCUUUUCACUCUCGUUCUCAAAACAGAAUAUUUCUCAGAUAUUAUUGAAGCACUUUAGCUGUUCGAAGUUUUCCAUGAUCAGUUACUUGAUGAAACACUAAAAAAUGACUAAGAAAUGAAACUUUAUGCUAAGCUGCGGAUCUAAUAACUGAACACCAGAAACCGUCCGGCUCACUUUUUUGAGUCCAACUGAACAAUAUGAUUCUGAUGGUACACCUCAGUGCACAUUGUUCUUUGCAAAACCAAAGUCAAAGCAAUACUAAACUGGAACAUUUGUGUAUUUAUGAUGUCAAUAUGCAAUUUACUGUAGAGUAAAUCUGAUUUUUUUAUCUUUGUUUUUAUUUUUUUACUUUUGUCUUCAUUGUUAACACCUAUUUUCUACUUGACCCUGGCUCACUACAUCAGAUAUGUUCUCUGUAGAGCAGUUUCUCAUAAACAACAGCAGAUACUACAAGACAAGCAUUCCUUUUACCUUGAAGACCUCAGUUUCAACAGUUGUUAAUUAGAUGGUCAAGUAUGACAGCGAUUGACUAACUUAUGUAUUUAUCUGUAAUUGGUGUAAAUGUGUUCUGUGCCCUGAUAUUAGAAUGAUGAAGAUGAUCACAAAGGUUACUAUGACAACCAUCCCUCAUUAUUUAUUUCACCUAUUUGUCAGCCAAUAAAUAAAAUGCUGAAUCCAAAUGAAA